AUGGCGACGAGCAGCAGCGGCGGUGAGAGAUGGCAGGGUGGGGUGACGCAGUGGGAGGAGCGACGAGAGGGACGAGAGGCAGGAGCGGCAGGAGCGGCGGGAGCGGCAGCGGAGGAGGGAGAGGAGCGGGUGGAGUGGGAGGUGGAGGUGUGUCUCGACGUGGGGUCGCCCUACAGCCUCGUCGCGCUCGAAAUCCUCCUCAGGUACCGCCACCUGUGGAACGUGCGCCUGCUGCUGCGGCCCGUGCUGCUGGGAGCCAUCCACCGCGCCACCGGCAACGCCAUGCCCUCUGCCGUGCCCGCCUGA